UAUAAACGCCCAUCUGUUUUAAAUUUUUCCCAGAUGGGUGCCACUGUGACGCGAUUGUGGUGAAAUUUUAGCGCCAUUCAUCACGCCACGUCUCUAUCGAACUGGACGUAGAUUUAAUAAUGGACGAAAAGUACAGAACCAGAAGGCAAAGACGACUAGACUAUAAGAGAAAGUGGAUGGCGGCUAAACGUGCUCAAAAUCGGAAACCACCACGCGAAACUGUUUUAAGUUCGUCCGACAGUGAUGAUACCAGCCAAACAACACCUUCAAAGUACAUCAAAACCCCUGACACACCCAUUAUUGCCAACGAAAAUAGUUCAGACGAAAAUCCAAAAUGUAGUACCACGUGUUUCACCCAGGAGACACCUACAUGUACGAGUCUAAAUGACAAUACUUCAAAACGGGAUAUAAUAGACGAAGACAAUGCGGUUGGUUAUGACUCUGAAUCCGGACAUGAAUCUACAAUCAAUGAAACUCUGUACGACGAUUUGACUGCUUGGAUUGACAAAUAUCAGAUAAAACAUGAUGCUGUUGACGAUUUGUUAAAUAUUUUGAAAAAACAUGGCCAUCUAGACAUUACUUCGACAGCUGGAAUACUUCUUUAACAUGUGAAAUCAAAACGCAAUAGUAUUACUGAAUGAAGUACUCGAGGAGUGAUAUACCUGGAUUCUUUAGAACUCAAAAAUAUUUGAAUCUAGGUCAUUGA